UCUCUGGGCUGUCCGCGAUGAUUCAACACAGUCUCAAAACAAUAUCAAUUGCUUAACAUUGGCUUGAGUUCUUCCGGCGUGACAAGCGGUUUGCAAGCUUUUUUGCGGUCUAAAGACUAAAGAACAGCCGAGAGCCAUGAUUUCUGGAAGUGCAUCAGUAGGUUCAAUCCUCGUGAUCUUGAUUGUGGCGGGAGCAGUGCAUAGCGGAGUCUUGCAAGAUUUUGAGUAUGACUACGAUGGUGUCAUUGCCGAUGACUACAGCGACUGGAACAGAACCAUCCGGGAUCUCAUCACUUUACUGCCGGGAUAUAACUGCACGGGGGAUCCAACAUGGCCGCACGGCGAGGUGCAGAUCUUUCCCUGUCAAAUCCUUCCUCCCUCUCCGUCGGUCCCCAACUCAGUGCACAAGUUACGACCUUCUGAUAUCAAUGUGAUUGGAGCACUAGGGGACUCACUUUCGGCAGCAAGUGGCGGUGGAGCCUGCUCAUUGCCGCAGAUGUUACUGCAAUAUAGAGGCAAGACAUUCAGUCAUGGCGGAGACGAGAGUUUUGAGACGGUACCAACUAUUGCCAAUAUUCUUCGGAAAUACAACCCGAACUUAAAAGGGUACGGUAUAGCGACCGGGGCCUGGGCCUCUGAGAAUGCUGGAAUGAACGUGGCAGUACCGGGUGCAGUUGCUCUUGACAUUCCCGAGCAAGCGGAGAAUCUCGUGCAGAAGAUGAAGGACGAUGCCAGCAUCGACUACGACAAGGACUGGAAACUGAUUACCAUUUUCAUCGGAGGCAAUGACCUAUGUGCAGUGUGCAAGAACCCGGAGAAAUAUUCACCGAGUGCGUAUGUGAGCAACAUCCAGGCAGCCAUACAGGUGCUACAUGACCAGAUGCCUCGGACCUUGGUUAGUGUUAUGGGCAUUCUUGACCUGCGAGAAUUAAACCUUCUUUCUGGAUCAGUAUGUGCCGUCAGCCACAGCGUUUUCUGCCCUUGCAUUUCGAACGCUACAGAGUCCGAAUUACAAAAUGAGUGGUUACCAACGCUGUUGCAGUACCAGAACUUGUUGGAAGGUGUGGUUACCAGCGGAAUGUACGACGACAGGGAGGAUUUUACAGUUGUCUACCAGCCAUUUUUCCACGAGACCAAAUUACCGCUAAUUGAUGGUUUCGGGGACAUUUCUUACUUUGCACCCGACUGUUUCCAUUUCGGUGCCAAGGGUCAUGCGGAGACCGGCAACUCAUUGUGGAAUAAUAUGGUGCAGCCAGUGGGCAGCAAGACGAGAAAAUGGACACCCAAUGGACCGUUUACUUGCCCAACUGACGCCUCGCCAUUUAUCUACACUAACGUGAACAGCCGGCAGAGUGUCACAACCCAGCGGCCACCGAUGACGUCAAAGGAGGGAAUGGAGGGCGCCACCACCGCCACCCUUGAUCCCGGUAGCGGCGAUAAAGGAGACGCAUCCGGACUCAUCCCCUCUCUCUUGAGCGUAGUUCUGUUGGUGGCUGGCUCUGUAUCAACAACACUCCAUCUCAGUCUCUAGCCUUCGCGAUAAUUCACUAGCCGCAUAUUGAAGCAAAUUAUAAAUAGUUUAGAAUGUUUGAACAGUGCCCACCGGCCAGCAACGAUGUUAACGAUUUAUCAACAACAAAAAACCUGAAAAGUCGUGAUAUCCCGCAAGUCACACAUUUUGCUUAAAUACAUUUGUGCCCUUUUGCACUGAAACUUUGUCAACAUGUAUAAAUGAAGUUGAAGUAAAAGAACUUGACCUAGUACACGAAUGUUUCUUUUGGCAUGAAUAGACACACACGCCUAUCUUAAGCAAAAUCAAAACAAUAUUUAUAUUUGUACAAUAUAAAAUUUUAAUUCCGUUGAUAUCUAUGAUAAAAUAUUAUUGUAAAAGUUUGCUGAACUUGCAUGGUGAUUAGACGAAAGAGUUGUCGUUUGUUGAUGCUGUGAUUGAGAUACUGAACGUUUCAGUGUCACACAAUAUAGGGCUCCAGAUUACGAUGUUGACAAUAGGCAUAUAAAGGCAGAUACAGCACGGCACGUUUGUACAUUCAAUCUAUUAAUAAGAUAUCACAGCAAAUACCAACCGUUCAGUGUUUAUUUUGUGUCGAUGUAUUUUUAGUUCGGCAAAUGGAAGCGCCUAUAAUCACUUUACAAAAAGUCACUCAAAAUGUUUCUCUUAGAACAAGUGUCAGCUGGCACUAAGUCUGACUGGUUAGCUAGCUAUUGGGAAAUGACUAGAAAUCUCAUCAGUGAAAAACACACGUUGCGAUCAUUGUAGCUUUCGAUUAAAUGUUCAGGUGCCGCUGAUUUUUCUGGUCAAUUAA